AUGAAAAAGAUGAAUUAUAUUGCAUUGAUAUUGUCUUUUCUUAUCACAUUCUUGUAUAAAACGAAUGGUAAUAAUAUUGGUCUUGUUCCUCCUCAACCAAGUCAAUAUUCUACAUCGCUUCUAGUCAAUGGACAACGUUCGAUGUACUAUGUAGACACAACUAUUUUUAGAGAUAAACUUGUUUAUGAUGAUCAAGCUUUUAGUACAAUUAUAGAUUUUCAAAGUUAUCGAUACUAUAAAUUAUCACCAGAUGGAUGUUCAUGGGGACAAAUUCCUGGCAAAAUCGAACCUAUGUUAGCCUUUCGUACUUAUGAAUUUAAAGGAAACUUAACAUACAACAAUAUAUCAUGCUAUAAGUGGAGUGGAUGUCAUAAUUAUGAGAUACCACCAGCACCAUUUUAUUAUUAUGCAACAGUAAAAGGAAAUCUACCAAUGGAUUUAAAUUUAUAUACUGUCGGUGCUGAUAUUCAAUUUUUUAACUUUACAUAUGGUCCUCCUCCAUCCGAUGUAUUUGAUAUUCCACAGAAUUGUACUCAAAUAGAGUUCAAUCCAUCAAUACAUCCAACUUUAUUAUAUGAAAUAGUUCGUAAAAAUAGUACAGACCCAAUGUGUUGA